GAUUAUUAGUUUGAAACAUCCUGACUUUCCUUCUCGCUGUUUCAUCUCGAUGGUUUAUCUAAUCUCAUGUGCAUCGCCGCGUCAUGGAUAAGCGCGCGCUUACUGGUUUAUGUUGAACCUGAACGUGGACCUGUGACAAGUUUAAAAAUUAAUUUCUCCCCGCACGGGUGAAUUGCACGACAGGGUGUUUUAAGUCCGAGCCGCCGCUGAUGAUCGCCCAGUGAAGAUGAUAGACUUCGCGCAGGUGCUGUCGUCCGUCGGGGAGUUCGGGGCGUUUCAGAAGCGCUUGCUUGUGGCACUAUGCCUCCCCAACCUGUUCACAGCUUUUCACAUGUUCAGUCAGGUCUUCACCGCCAUCACUUUUCCACACAACUGCAACACCAGCUGGAUCUUACAGCGGGGCCCCGACCUGACAGAGGACAAACAGCUGAAUAUCACCAUUCCUCUGGACGGUAAAGGAGAAUAUGAGAGCUGUAAGAUGUUCAAACCUGUUGAUCUUGAUCUCGAAGUUAUUGAAACUUAUGGACUAAAUAGCACGACAUCAUGUACUGAUGGAUGGAUUUAUAAGGCACCAAAAGGGAGCAGCACCCUCAUAACUGAGUUUGACCUGGUGUGUGAAAAUAAGAUUUAUAAUGAGGCAUCUCAGUCCAUCUACAUGGCUGGUCUUCUUAUUGGAGCCCUAUUGUUUGGGCCAAUGGCAGACAAGUAUGGCCGGCGAUUUGUCACUCUGCUUUCAUUGUUACUGCAGUUUCUGUUUGGGGUGGGAGUAGCAUUUGCCCCAAACAUCUAUGUCUACAUAGCCCUCCGAUUUGUAGUUGGAACUACAAUAUCAGGGAUCACUAUCAACACUUUUGUUCUGGGUUCUGAGUGGUGUGGUUCAUCUAAGCGAGCCCUUUUUACCAUUUUGACGCACUGCUUUUAUGCCAUUGGUUUGAUGCUGUUGUCUGGUGUGGCCUAUGGGAUUCGCAACUGGAGGAUUUUACAGCUGGUUCUGUCUGCUCCAGUUGGGCUUUUCUGUUUCUAUUACUGGAUUCUUCCCGAAUCAGCUCGAUGGCUUCUGACUCAGGGCAAACAGGAGAGAGCCAAGAAGGAGAUCCUGAAAGCAGCCCGAAUCAAUGGCAGGAAAGUGCCUGAAAAUCUGCUUGACAAGAUGGAGGCAGAGAACACAGCCCAAACAGGCACCAUGCUGGAUCUGUUCCGAGUGGGUUACCUGAGAAAGAGAGCUCUUAUCAUGUGCUAUAUGUGGUUUGUGACGAGCCUGGUUUACUAUGGAGUCAGUUUGAACGUGGGGAACUUCGGAGUGGACAUUUACCUGACUCAACUCAUCUUUGGCAUUGCAGAGCUUCCUGCCCGCCUGAGCUGCUUUCCUCUUAUUCAGCGCUUUGGAAGGAGGAUCUGCCAGAGUGCUGUGCUGCUUCUUGGAGGCACUGCCUGCCUUGUGAUUCCAGCCAUACCAGCAGAUUACCCUGUGGUUGUGACAGUUAUCGCAGUGGUUGGCAAGUUCUCCCUUGCUGCUGCAUUCACCAUAGUUUAUGUGUACACUGCUGAGCUGUACCCAACCAUUGUGAGGCAAAAUGGGGUGGGACUCAACUCAAUGUGUGCACGAGUAGCUGGUAUUCUGGCGCCUCUGAUUGGCUUGUUGAACGUGUAUCACCCAGCCAUUCCAAUGGUCAUAUACGGGUCUCUUCCUUUUCUUGGCGGAGCCCUGACCUUCAUGCUCCCAGAGACUUUAAACACUGAACUUCAGGACCACACUGACGUCCACAUGGAUGAAAGCAUGAACUCAGAGAAGGCAAGCAUUGAAAAUGGACUGAAUCAGGAACAGGAGAUGGCUCUUAAGUGCACAAAAUUAUGAGAUUUAUACUUGUAUUUGAAAUGAAGUUGGAUAAGCUAGUGGUUUUAGGGUUUUUGUUUCAUAUAUUUUUAAUAAUGUGUGCGAAUGACCUGUGGAAGAUAAACAGUGACAGUUUACUUUUGAUGUUUCAGGAAAAAUGUUUAUGUAUUGUUGAUUAAAAUGAAUUUUUAUUAUUUUUGUAUUUUAUCCUUAAUUUAAAAUGUAGUGAAAAGUGAUAUACUCGUGAUUAAACACUAUACAGGAUUCUGUUUCGCCAACACUCCAACAACUGUUUUCAGAUGGUCAGCUGUUAGAGAAAAAGUUUAAUUAUCUGGAAAACCUUUGUUUUUCUUAUUGUAUUAUAUCAUUUAUUUAAACUCAUCCAGUAAUUAAAAUAGUGAAAUGGCAUUUUAUUUUAGACAACCAUUCUGUUUUUGUACAUUUGUUUCAAAAUUACUGUAUUAAGAUACAUGCAACCAGAUAUUUAAUAUGUUUUGAUUAAAACCUGUACUUUAAGUAGAAUAUUGCCUAGAACUGAUGCUAUAAUACACUCCAUCAUCAGGGUAUAUUUGAUACUAAUUUAUAGAUCUGAACUGUUUUAUGAAAUCACCUGUUAUGUUGAUGUUAAAUCUUUGAAUUUGAUUAAAAUGUUACACAAUCAUAAAAAGAAAAAAAAAAAGAAAAUCAUUCACAUUUGCUAACAUCUGACCAUCUGCCAUGUCAAGACUAUGGACCAUAUACUUGUUCAGUGGCUCUAAAUGAUGUCAGUGCCAUUCCUCUGUAGCCAACGGACUUCAUGUUGUUGACGACCGAAGCCCUCAUCAUAGUUGCCCUUCCGUCUGAACAACUGCUGAUAGUGGAAAACACAGUAGAAUUCCCCAUAGAGAGGUGCAUAGCUUUGUAGACUAAAACCAAGCAAAAAAUCCUUCAGUAAUGUUAUGUUUUUAUGCUUAGGAUCUGUGAGCUAUACAAACCAAAUUAAUAUGUAUCAUAUUUGUAAAUUAACAAGUAACAACUGCAGUGUCAGCAGUUUAAAGAGGCAAAGUCUAAAAUCUAGGGCAGAACUGUAACUUCAGCAUUUCCAAAUGAAUAUUUUGCUGUUUUAACAUAGUCUAGCUGCAGUAUACUAGUGGUACCUCUUAACAAAUAACUGAUAGAUAAUUAUUCAGUACAGGCUUUUCCACAAAUAUAGUAUAGUAUUAUAGAAGUAAUUCACAUCUGUUUUCUUAAAGUAAGUGAUUUUCAUUAUCAGCUUACCUCAGCUUCUUUUAGCAGUAGAAACAGGUUUUUGUGAAAAAUUAGUUUGUCAGCUGCCAUUCUUUCCAUUGGGUAAACUGGUCUCAAACAGGCUGAGCAUGUUUCCUGAGCUGCUGGCUGGAACUACAGUUACAUUAAAGGUUAACACACCACAGUACAAAGACUGCAGGUAAAGAACGACUUAAUCAUUAGGAUGUUUAUUUUAUUUUUUUAAAGCAGCAUGGGCUUUUGGAAGACACUGCCAUAGAUAAUUAAGGUAACUGUCAUGAAUUAUGAAGACAAAAAUAUUUUGUUUUUGUUUUGUUUUUUCUUGAAGAUGUAUAAAAACAUUUAUUUUAAGCAACACCACAUAAUAAAUGAAUAACUAUAACAAACAUUAACAAACAUUAAUUAUAUAAUGCACAACAGGUUAUUAAUGUGCAUUAAAACAGACAAUAAUAUACAUUCAAAAGUCAUUGAUUCAUAUAUUUUUAUUCAUAUUCAUAUAUAAAUGUACAUGAAACAACGAUUUUCUAAUAAUGUUUAUUAAUGAACAAAAUAAUGAAUAAAGUUUUGCCAGAUUCUCUUAUUGGAUGUUUCUCUUGAUUCAGUUAAAUAUCACAAACAACUUGUUUACUGUGAUUUAUAUGUACCAAGCCAGGCCUAUAGUUCCCAUUAUUAUUAUUAUUUUUUGAUAAAACUGAUAGAAAUGUCAAUUGUAUUUCAUGUUUGACAUUCAUAGGCUUCAACCCACCAAGGAAAUCAUAAUUUUUAUUAUUAUAUGUAAUCAUACUAAAAUACUAACAAGGAUCUUCCAGGCAACUAUGAAUAAUGAAAAACUUAGAAAGAACAAGCGAAAAUGUACACAUAUUAAUUAUUUUAAGUUGCAGAAGCUAUUAUAUUAGAUCUUUUUUUUUUUUUUUUUUUUUUUUUUUUUU